AUGGUAAUGACUUCAAAGGGCGAGCUUGUUGGUGCUACCCCUACCGGCGGUCAGCCGGAAGAUUGUAUUCUCAAUAGUUGCAUAGUUAAUAUCUACGAGGCUAGUGACUGUAUUCCUCCACAUGUUGAUCAUCACAAUUUCGCGAGACCAUUCUGCAAAGUUUCAUUCAUCAAUAAAUGCAAUAUUGUGUUUGGAACAGAGAUCCAUAUUGUCGAUGAUGGAGAAUUCAGAGGUUCUGUGGAGAUCCCUUUACGUGUGGGAUCAGUUUUGAUUCUGAAAGGCAAUGGCGCUGAUGUAGCUAAACACUGCAUCCCUGGAGUGCUAUAUACGAGGGUUUCUAUAACUCUCAGGAGAAUGAAUGAGGACAAGGUACCAUUCUGUUUUUAG